CGCACCAAUGCUGUGCUUUAUACAAUCGUCGAAUAACCUUCUAGUAAAUAUUAUAUUUUUGAGAGAUUGUUAAUUUAAAUAAAUAUAAGAAAAAUGGCAAAAUCUACACAAGAAGCUCACAGGCCUGGUGUGUUUAAAAAACCCCCCAAGCCCCACAAAACUGGAAGACACCGUAGCAAAGGUGCCAUCGCCAACAGUGCUGGGGGCAAAGUUACUGUCAAGCAAAAAACCAAACAUGUGAAGAAAGAGCUGAGUAAAGUUGCAAAAAGACAUCAAAUGAUGCAAAAUCGAACCAACCAACGAAACAAAUUUUUAGAUGAAAAACGAAAGUUGAGUGGAAAAAAUAGUUCACCCAUGCUGAUUGCUGUGGUUGCGCUGCAAGAAGAUUUGGAUGCGCAUAAGAUUGUUGAUAUGUUGUCAAAAGCAGAUGAAGAGGCAACUAUUAAAAAUGGUGACAAUACGACGCAUAUCAGUGUGCCAAGCUUGAAACAACGUUUCUCAAUUGUUGUACCUCCUCAAGGAGAUCUUUUUGCAACACUUGAUUUAAUUAAAGUUGUUAAUACUGUAUUAUUUGUCACGUCUGCUACAUAUGAAAGUGAUAAAAGUCGAAGGGAGGAAGUUAUUGAUUCAUGGGGUGAACAGGUAGUUCAAUCGGUAGCUGCUCAAGGAUUACCAACUCCAAUUCUAGCUGUAACAAAUUUGAAAAAUCUUCCUGAAACAAAAAGGCAAGCUCACAAAAAUCAUAUUCAAAAAAUCUUAUUUAAAUGGUUACCAGAGGAAAAAGUCAUGGAUCUCAAUGACACUAAUGCAAUCAAUAUUCUAAGAACUGCAGCAUCUCAGAAACAAAAAACUGUUAUCUACAGGAACAAAAGAUCAUAUCUUUUGGCAGAAGACAUUAAGUUUCAUUUGGAUGAUAACGAUGAUAAGAAAAAUUUUGGAACACUUGAGGUAUCAGGGUAUUUACAUGGUAUGCCUUUGUCAGUGUAUGGAUUGGUUCAUAUUCCAGGUCUUGGUGAUUAUCAAAUGUCUAAAAUCAUGAAACUUGAAGAUCCAUUUCCUUUAGUCCGAAAAUCAAAAAAGUCUAAUACAGAUGUUGAAAUGGAUAAAACAAAUACAGUUGAAAAAAUCUUUAACAUCGAAGAUUCAUCGAAACAAGAAUCACUGGAAUCGGAAAAUAUACCAGAUCCAAUGGAUGCAGAACAAACUUGGCCCACUGAAGAAGAAUUAGCAGAAGCGAAAGCUCAACAAAAACAAGUAGUUAAACUCGUACCCAAAGGAACAUCUGCUUAUCAGGCAGCUUGGAUUCCUGAUGAGGAAGGACUAGAUUACGAUGAAAGUAGCGACGAUGAGGAAAAAAUGGUUGUUGAUCAAGCACAGAGUGAAAUUAACAGUGAUGAUGAAAACACACUGACUGAAGACGAUAAAGAAGAAUACGAAACGAUGUCCCUUUCAGAUACAAAUGAACAGCGUUAUGAUGAAAAAAUGGAUCUGUACAAAGAAAAAGAAGCUCUUUUAAAGCUCAAAGAAGCAAAACAAGAUUCCGAAUUUCCGGACGAAGUCGAUACACCCCAAGAUAUUUUAGCCAAAGUGCGCUUUCAGAAAUAUCGAGGUCUAGACUCAUUCCGUACAACAUUUUGGGAUAGACUUGAAAAUCUGCCCUAUGAUUAUGGGAGAAUAUUCCAAUUCCAAAACUUUGAUCGUACUCGUAGGCGUGUCGCUCAACAACGGGAAGACUUAUUAAACGAAGAAGAACAUGCACAACCUGGAUCAUACUUGACAAUUUCAGUAAAGGGUGUGAGUAAGGAACUGUACGAUUCACAAGUCUUGAAGGACAACCUGCCUUUAGUUGUGUUUGGAUUGUUAGAAUAUGAACACAGAAUGUCUGUGCUAAACUUUGUUUUAAAUCGUACCCUAAACAGCAAUUUGCCAAUCAAAUCCAAAGAGCGUCUUAUUUUCCAAUGUGGAUUUAGAAGGUUUUCAGCUUGCCCCAUUUUUAGUCAACACACCAAUGGAAAUAAACAUAAAUACGAAAGGUUUUUCCAACCGAAUUCAACUGUUGUCGCAACUACAUUCGCUCCAAUUACGUUCCCGCCAUGCCCAGUCUUAUGUUAUAUGCAAAAAACCGAUGGAAGCUUGGAAAUGAUUGCCACUGGAAGUCUCAUGUCUGUAAAUCCAAAUCGACUUAUUAUAAAAAGAGUCAUUUUAAGUGGUCAUCCGUUCAAAGUUCACAAAAAAUCAGCUGUUGUAAGAUUUAUGUUCUUCAACAGAGAAGAUAUUAGGUGGUUCAAGCCCGUAAAGCUACGUACGAAAUGUGGCCGUAAAGGACAUAUCAAAGAACCACUUGGAACGCACGGACACAUGAAGUGUAUAUUUGAUGGACCAUUAAAAUCGCAAGAUACUGUAUUAAUGAAUCUUUACAAAAGAGUUUUUCCAAAGUGGACUUACGAGCCUGCGUUGAUGACAAUUGGGUCUGGUGAGGAACCAGCUGAUAAGUCAACUGAUGUACAAAUGGAGUAAAAUUAAGUAUAGAGUUGUACUUGAAAAAAUUUUUUUUAAUAUUGAAAACAUGUAAUU